ACUAAAAACCGAAGUGAAACGCAUAUCUCUGUACAGCAUCGACGGGGGAGAACGUGGUCGUGCGGUCGAAUUCGUCGUCUGGUGUCGUAAUCCGCCGAUUCCUCGUUUAAACGGAUUCCCGGUUCCGCGGUAUCGCCGUGUCUUGCGCGAGAACGUUUCCGCGUUCUGAGCAAUUCGAGAUUCAUCACACGAUGAAAAUUAGGCCAUGCGAAUCUCGACCUUGCAAAGUCGCAGUUUUUCUCUUCUAACCGUUUUUCGCACGUACGUCACGUGUAACGGAACGCUCGCAUAACGGACGGAUCAUUGCGACGAGUGCCGUCGUCAACGUGGUUUACUCCGCAAAGUCGACUACGAAUUCGCCGGCUCUUUGUAUAUUGAGCGAGCGAGUCUCGUUUGUUCGUCGCGACGUCGUGAAUUUUCGAUGAUAACGUCAGUCAGACGUGCGUGGCAUGCGAUUCGCAGGCGCGGCCCACAUGACGUCGACCGGUAGACCGUAGAUCGCGAUUUUGAUCUCAAAAUCUCCCCCCUGACGCAAGGAUGUCGUGGAUUAUAUUACACUUGCGCUCGCUACCGAUUCACGAUGGUUUAAGCCAAAGCUGUAUGGCAACAGCGUUUCAAAAAUAAAAAUGUCUAGAAAGCGUCCCAGAGAAGAAACUAUGAUAGCUACCGCAUCCCACCAGGACAGCAUUAAUGGAGAGAAUGCAUCUUGCUCAAGGGAAGAUUCUCCAAUACAUGCUUCUAUUUGUAAGGAAGCACCUUUCAGUGAUGAUAUAGAGGCGAUUAUAGAAAAAAAUGCAUGUGACUAUAACAUACGAAUUACACUAAAACAAGCAAGAAGUGGUAAAGUUCCUAGGAAAGUUAGAGUCUAUGCCGAUGGUAUCUAUGAUCUCUUUCAUCAAGGACAUGCGCGGCAACUUUUACAAGCUAAAAAUAUUUUUCCAAACGUUUAUCUCAUUGUUGGAGUGUGUAAUGAUGAACUUACUCAUAGCAAAAAAGGAAGAACUGUAAUGACAGAUUUAGAAAGGUACGAUGCUGUUAGACAUUGUAGAUACGUAGACGAAGUUGUACGAGAUGCACCCUGGGAACUUGAUGAUGAAUUUCUUGAAAAACAUAAGAUCGAUUUUGUUGCUCAUGAUGACAUACCUUACAUGACAGACGAUGGUUCAGAUGUUUAUGCAAAGCUAAAAGCGAAAGGUAUGUUCGUAGCUACACAGAGAACGGAGGGAGUUUCGACUUCAGAUAUAGUUGCAAGAAUAGUUAAAGACUACGACAUAUAUGUCAGAAGAAAUCUUGCACGCGGCUACAGUGCAAAGGAACUCAAUGUUUCUUUUCUGAAUGAGAAGAAAUUCCGUCUACAAAACAAGUUUGAUGAUCUGAAAGAUAAAGGAAAACGAGUAAUGGAAAAUAUUGGUGAAAAGCGGAUGGAUAUGAUCAGCAAAUGGGAAGAGAAAUCUCGUGAUUUCAUUGAUGCUUUUCUUUUACUUUUUGGAAGAGAAGGCAGAUUGUCAACAAUUUGGAAUGAAAGUAAAGGCCGUUUGAUGCAAGCAUUAUCUCCACCAGCAAGUCCAAAAAGAGAUGGCAGUCCAAACAGUAGUAACAGUAGCAACAAUGAUGAGGAUCAGACAAGUCCACCGCCAAAGAAGACAGGACGCUAUGAGUUUUCACGAAAUAAUCAUUAUCUAAGUGAUGAUUACAGUGAUGAUGAAGAGGAAAACUUAAACUCUAAAUGAUAGCCGACUAUGUUAAAAAGGUGUACUCUGACCAAAAGUAUCGUGCAAUUUUUAUUUACUAUUUUGAGGUUUAGAUGUAUUUUCAUACAGCUACAUGAUCUGGUGGUACGAAGCGUAAUGCUAUGCUUGAUAGAUUUUGUAUGGUAUGCUUUAAUACUAUACAUUAAACGAAAUUGCCCGUUAUAAUGCGAGAAUGUUCAAUUUUAUUAUUGAUUUUAUUGUAUCAGAUCACGAUAUAUGUUUUGAUACAGUUUCGGCAGUUUUUUCUCGAUGCAACUUGGAAUGUAAUCGAUGGUCCAAGUGAAAAAAAGAGCUUGAUCUCUGAGAAUUAAUAAAAAUACACAUUUAGUAGACUAUCAGCUGCAUUCUAAAAUGUAUCGAAAAAGAUAUACCCAAUCUGUAUUAAAACCAAGUACAUAUGAUGACUUAGAUAAUAGAUAAUUUAAAAGUAAUACAAUGUUCGGUAUUUCAUUAUGUUUCAAAAAUGUUUUUAAACUAUUUUGUUCCUAUAUUCUAUAAAAUGCCUAUGGAUUAUUUAUUUUUAAUAGCUUAACAUAAAUGUGUGAAUUUUAUUUGACAUUUAUAUCUAUUUUCUAAAAAAUAAGCACAAAAGGCUUAUUAAAAUGAUAUUUGUACUCAUAGUUAAAUAUUAGCACACGUAUAAGUGCCAGAUUAUAUUUCGAAGAAUUUUUUUACUAAGAAUUUUACAAAAGUGAUCUUAUUCGCAUAAGGACUUUUUUUUAAUAUUUGUAAAUGCAAAUUAAUUUAAUUUUAAGAAAGACAGCUUUAUAAUUUGUACUCUAAGUACUGAAAACCUGUAAGAGAGAUCUACGAAGUAGAUACGUUUAGUCUUAUAGAAAUUGGAAAAUUGUCGUAUUCCGUAUAAGUAUUGUGCAUAUAAAAAAAAGUAAACACAAACAUUUAGAAAGUCAGACGCUUAUAUAGAAUCUGUUUUAGUACAUAGACAUUUAACAAAAGUUUGUAACAAAUCACGCUUAAAACGUAUUAUUUGUUAAACGUAAGUUUCUUUUGUGUGAUAAUUUAUUGAAAUGGCAUUAAAUCACCAAUUGCAUUGUAGAAGUAAUUAAUGAAAGAGCUUAAUGCGUGUGAUGCUCUUCGAGAGGAAACGUCGAAGAUAUAAUAAGGAAGAUCGCUAAUUACAAUACACUAUAAAAUAUACUCCACAUUUAAUAGGGUAUAAUUUUAGUGUUAACACGUAUUAGCGAAAUAAGAUCAGAUAUGAGCCAAGACGAACGGAUAUCAAACUUCGGUGCAAAAGAGACACAUACUUAACCACAGCAAGUUUCUCGUGAUAUGCCGAUGCUGCCUCAGUUUGAUAUAGCGUGCAUUUGAUAUUUAUCGUUGAUCAGAAAGUCCUAAUCCCUAAAGUAUUUUAUGACCGAUAUAAAUAUAAAUGCUUUUUCUUUCGUAAGAAUGUUAUAGAUAAUACACAUUUUAUAGUCAUAUGUUCUUACACUUUUUAGAUACAUAAAUUGUUACAUUACAGAUUGCUUAGUAUGCAAAAUUAAUUUUGUAGUGUCUGAAAGUGCACACACAUUUUGAUACUAUACCCAAUACUAUGUGGGAGAUCUGUUACCAUGUUCGUAACUUCUUAAUUAGUAUUUGUAGAAUUUCUUUAAGAAUUAAACAAAUGUUUUUCUAUAAAAUAUUUAUUUACAUUGCACGGUAAAUGCACCGUGUAACAAGUGAGAAAUUCAUGUAUACCAUUAAUUAUAUUAUCAUAUAUUACAUGUUAUUAUGUAAGUUAUUUAUAUGACUUAAUCAAACGUUCAUAUUUUCCUACAACGAAAAUACAUGUAU